GUUUGCUGGGCAGUCCGAAGCGGGAAGAGUGGCUUCAGCUGAGGCGGGAGAUGGAGGUUUUGACGGAUCUGUGGCUGACGCAGGCACUCAAAGCUCUCGCUCUCAUCAACUCCAGAGCGAACUGUGUGAACGUGAUGGUCACCACCACGCAGCUGAUUCCAGCGCUCUCUAAAGUGCUUCUCUACGGUCUUGGAGGAGCUUUUCCCAUCGAGAACAUCUACAGCGCCACCAAAACAGGUAAAGAAAGCUGCUUUGAGCGCGUGACUCAGAGGUUCGGCCGGAGAGCCGUGUAUGUGGUCGUAGGGGAUGGUGUGGAGGAGGAGACGGUCGCCAAGAAGAAGAACAUGCCGUUCUGGAGAGUGUCGAGCAGGCCGGAUCUGGAGGCGUUGAGUCAUGCACUUGAGCUGGAUUACCUCUAGACGGCAGCAUCUGCUCGUCUGCCAAGAACUGCAGGACCAAUCAGCAGGGAGCAGCAAUCUUACUGGGAAAGUUUGCUUCAAAUCAGUCCAAGAAAAACACUUUUUUUUCUCUCUUUCUCGCUCUCCACCUGAGAGGCUCGGCUCUUUCAUCCACUCGCUUUUCUUUACAACAGCACUGCACUGAAAACAAAGACCCAUCAGCGACUGAUUCAGAAAGCCUGUGUCCGGAUAACAUCCUAUCAUACUUCUCAUACUAUUUCUGCAUUACGCAGCAUAUAUACUGUGCACAGUAUGUGUAUUUUCUGUUUGUGCAGAAACCCGGAUGACAAUGGAGCACAAUGCAUGCAUAUCCCAGAAUGCAAUGCACUUGACUCGAGUUUUAACAUCUCAUCUCUUUGGACUGCCAAAAAAUGAAAACAGUUCCCACAAAAACUGGAUUAAAAAUGCAAAAUAACCUUUUUAUUUCUGAGAUGAUUAUUAGAGGUCAUGUGACAUCAAUGCAGCAAACUACUGUUUGAAAUGUUUAUCAUAAUGCAUAAUGUGUACUAUUUUUAUAUUAAGCAGUAUGCGGUGUAAACUGUGCUGUAAUGUUUGUUAGUAUUGCUUUCUGAACAUAGCCGUUCUGAAACAACCCAUUUUACAGAUAAAAGGGGUGUCAAAAUAGAAGAUUUUAGCAUUAAAAAAAAAAUAAGAUUUACAUUUCGUAAAGCAUGAAAUCAUAUGCAUUUCCAUGAAAAAAGACCAAAUUCAUAAGCGAAGAAAAAAAACCCCGAUUUGAUAGAAUUUUAUGUAAUCAAAACUGAUUUUUUUUCUUGCAAUAUCAUAUUAAAUUGAUUGAAUAUUGCACCAUACACAAAAAAAGGAAUCAUUAAAUAAAUAUUAACUGAAUUAAAAUGAAUUGAGACUAAAUUAAGAUAUGUGCUGUUGUACUAAAAUGGCAGAAAAUCUAACCCCUCACGUUUUAUACGAGUACAAAGUACUGCAAAUCCACUUGUUUGAAUGGAAAACCCAUGAAACCAUAAACUAACCGUGAAAUCUGCCAAAGUAUUGUAGUGGAUGAUACUGCUAAUGUUACGAAAAGAAAAGACAUGAUUAACUUAUGAAUGUCAGUGUCCUGUGAGUUUCUUUUCUUCCUGUGUCUCUGACGUGUGCCUGGAUCUUCAUGUGGCUUGUUACUGAUGUAUAUUUCUUUCUUUGCUGAAGUUGAUAUACUGUAUACUGUAUGUGUCGCUCUGACCUGCAUGUGCUCUUCACAACUGCUUCUGUUCGCUAUGAUUUGUAUAUAAGGUUUUAUUGUUGAUUAUUUCUGGGCUUAUUAUAAUAGAAUAAAGAUAAAUUAAUUUCA